GGGUGAGGCCCAGGCUUGGGGCAUGACCGGGAUCGCGUCAGCGCUCGCGAGAACCGCGACGGGUGACGUGCUGGAGGGCGGGCGCGUCUCGGGCGCGCGCGGUUGUGUUUGAAUCUAGUUCGAGCGCGGGAAACGACGGGUCCCGGGUCCCGCUGAGGGUUGUAAAAGAAGUGCCCUUAGAACAGUUUCGUCUGUCAUGGAAAGACGUGAGACAUUUGUCCAGGCAGUGUCAAGGGAGCUGGUUGAAGAAUUUCUGCAAUUUGUUCAACUUGAUAAAGAUGCUUCUGACCCUUUUAGCUUAAAUGAGCUACUAGACGAAUUAUCAAGGAAACAGAAAGAAGAACUAUGGCAAAGGCUGAAGGACUUACUGACAGAAACUUUGUUGGAAAGCCCUGUGGAUGGGUGGCAGACAGUGGAGGUCCAGAGUGAAGAUGCUAUGGAGUCAGAGCAUGGUCCAAAGAUGAAACGGAGUAUAGAAAUAAUACAUGCAAUUACCUCUGUAAUUCUUGCUUCUGUAUCCGUGAUAAAUGAACGUGAGAAUUAUGGGGCGCUCUUGGAGUGUGCUGUUAUAUUAAAUGGUAUUUUAUAUGCAUUACCUGAAUCUGAGCGAGAACUCCAGAGCUCCGUUCAGGAUCUGUGUGUGAGGUGGUGGGAGAAGGGCCUGCCUGCCAAGGAGGACAUGGGCAAGACUGCAUUUCUCAUGCUGCUGAGGAGGAGUCUAGAGACCAAAACAGGUGCAAAUGUGUGUCGGAUCUGGCGCAUUCAUCAGGCUCUAUACUGCUUUGAUUAUAAUUUGGAGGAAAAUAGAGAAAUUAAAGACAUGCUACUCGAGUGCUUCAUAAAUGUUAAUUACAUCAAAAAAGAAGAAGGAAGAAGGUUUCUUAGUUUUCUCUUUAGUUGGAACAUAAACUUUAUUAAAAUGAUCCAUGGAACCAUUAAAAAUCAAUUACCAGGAUUACAAAAGUCUUUGAUGGUACACAUUGCAGAAAUUUAUUUCAGAGCUUGGAAAAAGGCUUCUGGGCAAGUAUUGGAGACCAUUGAAAACAACUGCAUCCAGGACUUCAUGUUCCAUGGCAUUCACCUUCCAAGGAGGUCUCCAGUACACUCCAAAGUGCGAGAGGUGCUGAGUUACUUUCACCAGCUGAAAGUCCGCCAGGGAGUGGAAGAGAUGCUGUAUAGGUUAUAUAAGCCCAUCCUGUGGAGAGGACUGAAGGCCAGAAAUUCUGAAGUUCGGUCCAAUGCUGCGCUGUUGUUUGUUGAAGCAUUUCCUGUUAGAGAUCCAAACUUCCUUGCCACCGAAAUGGACAGUGAAAUUCAGAAGCAGUUUGAAGAACUGUAUAGCCUUUUAGAAGAUCCUUACCCGAUGGUCCGUUCCACAGGCAUCCUUGGUGUUUGUAAAAUAACCUGUAAAUACUGGGAAAUGAUGCCCCCCACCAUUCUUGUUGACCUCCUAAAGAAAGUCACGGGGGAGCUGGCAUUUGAUACAAGCUCGGCUGAUGUUCGUUGUUCUGUCUUUAAGUGUCUGCCAAUUAUUUUGGAUAAUAAACUGAGUCAUCCAUUAUUAGAACAGCUUUUGCCAACGCUCAGAUACAGUAUCCAUGAUAAUUCAGAGAAAGUGAGGGUGGCUUUUGUGGACUUGCUGCUGAAAGUCAAAGCUGUGAGGGCUGCAAAGUUUUGGAAGAUAUGCCCCAUGGAGGACAUUUUGGUUCGCCUGGGAAUGGAUUCUCGAUCUGUGUCUCGACGCUUGGUGAGCCUCAUCUUCAAUUCUUUCCUGCCUGUGAACCAGCCAGAGGAGGUAUGGUGCGAGCGCUGUGUCACACUGAUCCAGAUGAAUCGUGCAGCUGCCAGGAAGUUCUAUCAGUAUGCCCAUGAGCACACCGCCUGCACCAACAUAGCAAAGCUCAUUCACAUCAUUCGCCACUGCUUGAAUGCCUGCAUCCAAAGGGCUCUGCGAGAGCGCCAGGAAGCCCACAAAGAGUGCGAGAAGGAGAACAUCAGCGUACUAGACAAAACAUUGUCAGUGAACGACACUGCAUCCAUGGCAGGUUUACUAGAAAUCAUCGUGAUCCUCUGGAAGAGCAUCCAUAGAAGUCUAGAAAGUAAUACAGAGGCCAAAGUUUAUACCAUUAACAAAUUUGCAUCUGUACUUCCAGAGUAUCUGAAGGUAUUCAAGGACGAACGCUGCAAGAUCCCCUUGUUCAUGCUGAUGUCCUUCCUGCCAGCCUCUGCUGUCCCGGUGUUCAGCUGUGGUGUAAUUUCUGUCCUGAGAAACCAGGAGGAGAACGUUACAAGCAGGAGCUAUUGCACGCUGCUAGAUUGUCUCUGCUCCUGGGGGCAAGUGGGGCGUGUUCUGGAACUCAUUGAUGACUGGCUGCCUGUGGAACCACCUCAGGCCAAGAGUAAUUUGACCCCUAAACGUAAAGUACAGAUCCAUGACCAGCGCCCAGUGAAACCCCAGUUAGCACUGUUAUACAUGGAGUAUCUACUUACUCAUCCAAAGAACAGAGAGUGCCUGCUCUCUGCACCCCAGAAGAAACUUAACCAUCUUUUGAAAGCACUUGAGAUGUCAAAGGCAAAUCUGGAAUCACUUCUGCAGUCUCCAAGUGGGAAUCCCCCAAACUUCAACAAAGCUGCCGCCCUGCAUGCCUUUGGUCUUCACUGCAGGCUGAGCGUCCAUCUCCAGUACAAGUUCUGCUCAGAAGAGAAAACUCAUCUGUCCAUUUUGGAUGACACCGGCUCUUGGUUGGAGGGCAAAGUUUUACCUUUUCUUCGGGACCAAGAAGAAGAGCACCUGAAACUUCAGAGGGAUGUCUGUCAGCAGGUGAUCCAGACUUACCUGACUGUGUGUAAAGAUGUUGUCAUGGUGGGCCUUGGAGAUCCUAAGUUUCAGAUACAACUUUUACAGCGGAGUCUUGGAAUUAUGAAAAGUGUGAAGGGGUGCUUUUACAUUUCAUUACUUCUCGGCAUUCUGAAGGAAGUAACUAAAGGUUCCAUAAUUCAGAAAACAGAUUCAAAUGAAGAGGUUACAGUGCUGCUUGACUCAGUCCAGGAAGUAUUUCAGAAGAUGUUGGAAUGUGUAGCCCGGACCUUCAGGAAGCAGCAGGAAGAAAGUGUGCUGCUCCUUUACUCUCUUCAGACCCCUCUUCAUGAAUUUAUUACCACUGUCCAGUCCUGGCACAAAGGCACUUCAGUCCACCGUGGUGUGCUUUCUACCCUGAUUGCUGCGCCUGUGGUUGAGAUAAGUCAUCAGCUGCGGAAGGUUUCUGAUACAGAAGAACUGACCUUACCACAGUGUCUUGCUGACCUUCCUCCAUUUUCAAGGUGUUUAGUGGGAGUAAUAACGAAGUCUUCAGAUGUUGUCAGGUCGUUUUUGGAUGAGCUAAAGACAUGUGUGACUUCUGGCGAUAUUGAAGGCAUUGUGUGCCUCACAGCUGUUCUGCAUAUUAUUUUGGUUAUUAACAAAGGUAAACAUAGAAGUGCAAAGGUGAAGGAGGCUGCAGCUACCGUACAGAGAAAGCUCAAGACGUUUAUGGAGAUCACUCUAGAAGAGGAUAGCCUUGAAAGGUUCCUGUAUGAAUCAUCAAUGAGAACUUUGGAAGAAUUUUUGAAUUCAUGACAAAACCACCAUCUUUAGGUGUAGGAGUAGAAAGAGAGACUCAUGAAAUUGAGAUGUGUGUAUUCUCCUGGCUUUUUCUUCUUCUGUCAGGCUAAGCCUGGAGGUCUGUUUCUGUAAGGACUGUGGCUGGGCCUGGAACUUCCAAAGGUAAAGGCUAAUACAGCUCAGUUCCUUUACCAAACACAAUGUGCCUUUAACCAGCUGGCAGAGAUUGGGCAAACAGAUGGAGAGAGGUGAAGAGUAAGUGGAAGGAAGGCUGCCAAGCUUCUUGCCCCUCUUCUCUGGUAAUAGUUUAUGGGAACUGUCUCUGGGCCAUCUCUUGAGUUGGUUGGCAUAUGACUUACCCAUUAUUUAUUAUCUGUUAAGAUAGUUUCCCUGGAACAAAUUUCUUUCUGGCCUUUUAGCAGACUACCACUAGCCCACACAGGCCUAUGCAGGCCAAUGAUGAGAAGGAUCCCUUUGUCAAGAUGCCUUAUUGCCCUCUGGUGUACAGUUGUAAUAAAUAUACAGAUAUAUA